GGGCGUGACGUAGCGUGAGGAGGAUGUAUGCCCCUGUUGGCGAGGGCCCCAGCAACCAACGACCAUCCCUGGUCAAUCCAUGGUGGCUUCAUCCGCCAGCUGGACGAGCAAUUGGGCACGAGCGCGAUCAAGAAGGUAAAUACCCAUUGGAAAGUGGCUGCGAGAGGGGCGGUGAAGGUCACGGAGUUGAGCCUAAGGGUGGCAUCAUGGACUCUCAUCAGCAGCAGUUCUGCCUCAAGUGGAACAGUUUCGGCAGCAAUCUAGCAACGACGUUCUCGAAUUUAUUCAAAAGCGAGAGUCUCACCGAUGUCACCCUGUUCUGCGAGGGAGUUACGUUCAAGGCGCACAGGUUAAUUCUCGCAGCAUGCAGCAAGCACUUUCAGGAGAUCUUCGAAGGAAUGCCGCCUUCUCCCGCGGGACUGAUCGUUAUUCUCGACGGGACGAGUGCCCACAAUAUGGCGUCCCUCCUCGAAUUCAUGUACCGUGGAGAGGUACAUGUGUCCCAGGAAUCCCUCAGCUCCUUCCUCAAGGCAGCUGAAUGCCUUCAAGUUAAGGGUCUGUCGAUUAUCGAGCACGAAAAAUUGGCGGUGGCGCAGAGGCACGCCGCGGAGAGCAGCAACGCCUCCGCGGACGCAGAGAGCACCGGCGGUGGCGGAGGUAGCGGAGGCGGCGGAGGCGGCGGUAGCGGUAGCAUCGGGGGUAGCAUCGGCAGCGGUAGCGUCGGUGGUACCAUCGGCAACGGGGGCGGCAGCGGUGGCGGCAUCGGUGACAUGAGUGACAUAAGUGAGGCGGGCGAGCCCACCGUCAAGAACAUCACGAAGAGGACCCCAACGUCGCCCGCUGCGGAGUACACCGUGCCCAACUUGUACCCGACCUCUCAAUAUUGCGAGAGCCCGCCGAAGAGGCUGAUGAGAUCGCCGAGCGACGUCGAUACACUGGGAAGAGCGAGCGUGUUGCGCGACGGCACUGCCUUUCGGCCGGCGUCCGCCCCGCAUCCACUGCUGGAGAACCACUUCUAUCAAUCGUUCACCCAUCCCUCGGAACCUCAUUCGCAUUCCCACACCGCGCCACACACGCCCACGGAACUGGAACAGCAGCUGGAACGAGCGCGGUCCGAGGAGCGCAACAACUGUGAUCUCAAGGAGAGCGUUGCCGAAGAUCUUCGAAUAAAACAGGAGCCAGUGGAGCUGACCGAUCGGGAGAGGGCGGAGAAGUUGGCGGAGAGACUGUCGAGGCGGGAUGACGAGGUUUAUCCCGGACGGGGGUUUGACGCGGGCUCGUACAGACCGAACUCGGACCAUCUGUCGCACAAGGCGCAGCUGGGUCCGACGAUGGUGCCGAUGCCGGCGGUCCAUCCGCCGACUCCCGAUCAGAGCCCUGCCGCGCCUACGCUCGCUAUGUGGAACACGAAGAUCAACAAGGCCAGCACUGUCUCUACUGUCGACGGCAGUAGAAAACUAAAGUGCCCCUUCUGCGAGAGACUAUACGGUUACGAGACGAAUCUGCGCGCACACGUACGGCAACGUCACCAGGGUAUCAGGGUGCCGUGUCCGUACUGCACGCGGACGUUCACCAGGAACAACACCGUCAGACGGCACAUUGCGCGGGAGCACAAGGACGAGCUCAGAAUGAAGGCCGCUUUCCAGCAGUCCAACCAUUCGGAUCACGUCCAGUAACAAUGUCUUCGGCGUCGCUGUCAUUCUCGCCGUCGCCACCGUGGUCGCCGUCGCGGUUCGCGCGCGAUGCUGCCGGAACUCGGAAGCAACAAUCCCGGCGGCAACUUCGCCGGCGCCGACCGCGAGAUUGAACCGCGGUUAAAGCGGUGCGGGACGAGAGGAGAGGCUGCAGUUUAGAUACCUUCGUUUUUCCUUCGUCGUCGUCAGCGAACGCCGUCCCGAUUCCUCGUCGCGAGUGAGAGCGAGCUCUCCGCGUGCGCGCGUGGAAUCGUUGAGAAAUCGAGUAAAACGAGAGGGUACGACCAUGAAGAUUCGUACAGGGAAGAGAAAGAGAGAGGAAGCACGGAACAACGAUGCGCACGGCGCCUCGGGCACGCUCGCGAAAAACGCUGCGAAUCACAAAGCUAGUCAAUGAAAGUGCAACGGUCAAGUAAGGAUUAUUAACUAGGAGCUUUUUAAACGAAGCGAGAGAGAAAGAGAGAGAGAGAGAGAGAGAGAGAAGGAGAAAGAGAAAGAGAGAUAUGCGGAUGAAGGUAACGAGCUGAGCGGCGAAUGGCGCAUAAAUACGUACACGCAGGGCCCAUUAUAGCGCAGGCGACGAGAGAACCAAUGCAAACUCAGGUAAACUUGAAAAUCGUGGUAUGAUCUAAGCGCCAAGAUAACAAGAAAACAGCGCUUACCUUUCGAUAGUUCAACAUUACCAUAGAUCGGAUUACUCGCCGUCGCAUUUUAAUCGUUAACGCUGUUAACCGGUUUACCUGUUUCUGGUACUACUAUACCGCUGUUGAGAAGUCGAGCCUACAGGAUCGCUCCGACGGGCGCGAUGCCUAUCCAAACAUAAAAAAAUAAAAAAAAAACGUUACGUUACACGCGCACCAGUGCCAAAGACAAGACGCUUUUUCUACUACUGGAAUAAUCACACAGUCAAUUUUCAGUUUCGCCGUUUUCAUACACCCGCGUACAACACGCACGCUCCACUAUAAUAAUAAUAAUCGCGGUGGGACCCACAUAUCCGAGAUCGCGACGAGAAGUACACAACCUUUUAUACAGUUACGAUUUUAUAUAACGUUUACGAGAUUACUGCGAUUCUAAGGGCGGACGACUGUCGUGCGAUUAGCCGUGGGAGUGCCGAACAGCCGUCGCCGCGCGAAAAUACUUCUUGGCGAAUGCGCGCACCUCGAAGAAGCAAGUCGACCGAGCAAUAAUCACGUUGAUAUACCAUUACCCUCCUACGUCGACAUCGAUUUUUCUGGAAAAAAAAGAUAAUGAAAAAGUAAAAAAAAAAAUAGAAGACGAACGCACUCGCCACGGAAGUUCGCCGUAGGCGGCUGCGUCGCCUCGCGGCGAAACGAUCACUACCACUUUGUUACCUGUUUACAAUGUUUAAAAUGCGGACUUUUGUCCGGAGCAAUAGUCGCGUACCGUGAAUAUAGAGUAUAGCCACAUCGAUCACACGUCGUGUGAUUCUAAACAGUGCGCGCGGUUUACGCGCGAAAUAGUUGCUAUCCCGGUUGUAUGAGAUGUGAUCAAUGCAAUAGAUUUAUAUUACACAUUACCUAUAUGUAUAGAUAUAUAGAGAUAUACUCCUAGUCAGGAUGGCACCCACGAUAUUACUUGUUACAGUAUUUACACUUUAUACAGAUUAAUCUGUCUUAUUUUUGUUCCGUUUUACUUGUUCUCCCCUUUCGUUUAUUAUUUUUCUUUUGUUCUUCCGCAGAAGUUUUUUUUUAAAACGGUUAUUCUCACAACGAUAUCCGCCUACCGUAAGUUAUCAAAGACAAUAGAGACGAUA